AUGAAGACAAUCUUUAUCAUCUUUUUGUUGAUAUCGACUUCAACGAUCACUAGUUCUACGGCUACUCUGGAUAAACAACAAUCGGAUUUUAUUGAUUUAAUCAAUGUAGUCAGACGUAAAGUUGCUAAAUAUUACAACAUCAUUAACAUGCACAAACUGUAUUGGGAUGAAGGAUUACAAAAAUUUGUGGUUGAGUCUAAUGAAAGCGCACUCAUCGGUAAAUGUAAGAUAAUCCCCUGCGUCCCAGUCCGAAGUAUGGAUCAAAAAGGCAUCAAUGCAUUGGAAAAAGGAAUAGAAAAAUACAAACGUGUCUGCAUGUAUCCGUGGCAGACUACUGUAGCUUGCGUAAAAAUAUCGCUUUUUACGAACCACGACUUCACUUGUUUUUUCGGUCCAGAACCAUCCGCUACAACUGUGAAUCCCAACAACAAUUCAAACGUUUUGCCAAUUUCAGAAGCGCCAGAAACACAAACUCAUCAUCAAACAAAUCAUUCAACUCCCACAAAUCUAAACCCAACGCCUCCGAGACCAAAGAAUCCAGAAAGUUCGAGUUCCAGGAAAACAAAAUUAUCUCCAGAAACGGCAACUCUACCAAAAGAAUUGGAGGACUACGUGGAAGUGGAUGGAGAUGAUUAUGAUGAGGAUUUUCCAACUGGAGAACCUCUUCUCGAUUCUGGAUUCAAGAAUUUUUUGCAGUUUUGGAUUACUGUAGUUUUUGUUCUUGGUUUUUGUUUAUUGAUUUGA